CCCUGCCCUGCUCCGUCCCGCCCUCUCCCCGCCGGGGUAGCCGUUGCACCCAAGUAGUCGCAGCGGGAGCUUCCGCCCAGAAUCGGUUCCUCACGCCUCGGCGCCGGGAACAGAGGCCACCCCCCCCCCCCAGUUUACCUGUCCGGCGCCAGGAUGGCCCCCAAACUUCCAGACUCUGUGGAGGAGCUCCGCGCCGCCGGCAACCUGAGCUUUCGCAACGGCCAGUUCGCCGAGGCCGCCACACUCUACAGCCGCGCGCUACGGAUGCUGCAGGCGCAAGGUUCUUCAGACCCAGAAAAAGAAAGUGUUCUCUACUCCAACCGAGCAGCAUGCCACUUGAAGGACGGGAACUGCAUAGACUGCAUCAAGGACUGCACUUCAAAUGACCUCCCACGUACUGAGUGCUGCAGAUGCCCUACCUGGAAGGAGCUACGGCGGGGAGCCCUGGUGACUCAGCAGCUCGAUGACAUUUCUGCCUCCUGUCCUAGAGCGCUGGCCUUGGUUCCCUUUGGCAUGAAGGCCCUGCUGCGGCGAGCGUCAGCCUACGAGGCUCUGGAGAAGUACACCCUGGCCUACAUGGACUACCUGACCGUGCUGCAGAUUGAUGACAGUGUGACGUCAGCCUUGGAAGGCAGCAGCAGAAUGACCAGAGCUCUUAUGGACUCCUUUGGCCCCGAGUGGCGCCAGAAGCUGCCCUCUAUCCCCUUGGUGCCUGUUUCAGCUCAGAAGAGGUGGGAGUGUUUGCCUUCGGAAAACUGCAAAGAGACAGCUAAAAGCAAAUCCAAAGAAACCACAGCUACGAAGAGCAGAGUGCCUUCUGCUGGGGAUGUGGAGAGAGCCAGAGUUCUGAAGGAGGAAGGCAAUGAGCUUGUAAAGAAGGGGAACCAUAAGCAAGCGAUUGAGAAGUACAAUGAGAGCCUCUGGUUUAGUAACUUGGAAUCCGCCACGUACAGCAACAGGGCGCUCUGCCAUCUGGUGCUGAAGCAGUACAAGGAGGCUGUGAAGGACUGCACGGAAGCCCUGAGGCUGGACGGAAAGAACGUGAAGGCGUUUUACAGACGGGCUCAAGCCUACAAGGCACUCAAGGACUAUAAAUCCAGCUUUGCGGACAUCAACAGCCUCCUGCAGAUUGAGCCCAGGAACGGCCCCGCACAGAAGUUGCGGCAGGAGGUUAACCGGAGCUUAAACUAAAAACCCAAAGGGGCAGCACGACACCUCUGCCUGACCACCUUCCUCUGUGCCUGCUUCCAGGAGCCGGCAUGCCCCAGAGCAAGCUCCUCUGCCCCUCAGAGACGUGAUGGCCUCCCACCCCUCAGGAGGAUUUGCCUGUUCAAAUUAAGCUCAGUGUAGUCAAAAACGAGACGUUGUGUUGGAAAGGUCUCUCCCUGUUCUGAACUCCCUGUGCUGCGGACAGCGACCGGGUCACACAGACAGGUCCUCACAGGCAAAGCCCUCGGCUCUGUCUCUGCCCAGCACGGUCCAGACCGAGUUGCCCUGCCAGCGUCGCCAGGCACCCUCACCGUGGUCCACCUGAGCAACCUGGGCUGGGGCGUGCGGGGCACUGGGAAGCCCUGGCCGCCUGCACCCAAAGCAGCCUGUUGAGCUGGUCUCCAGCGCUGCUGCCCCCGCCCGGGCCUUGGCGCAGCGCUCUGUGUUCUGAGCCCUGAUGCCUUUUGGCCGAGCCCUCCUUUGGUGGGGAUGCAGGACCUGGCCCUUCGCCGGCUUUGCCUGUGGCUCUGCUGCCGCCCCCGGCGUGGAGGCGCCUGAGCUGUUUCAAGAGCCAGAAGGUGUGGCUGCUUCUUCGGAAGGCGAGAUGGGGAGAAAGGCCUCCCGGAAGUCACUGUCCUUCCGUCCCGGGCAGGGACCCGUCGAGGCUUCUUAGUUCUUUGUAAUAUGUUGACGUUAAUCUGAACUGAACUGACUGAUUCUG